AUGAAGUCUGGGCCCCCUGCAUUAGAGAAUCCAAAGGACUUUACCCGGAAGCUGAAGAUUGCAACUAAUGCAGCUGUGCACAUUGCAGCUAAUGCAGCACCUUUGGAGCCAUGUGUGGAUACUGAUGAUGUUCUAACCAAAGAAGAACAGAUUUAUUUGCUGAAUGAAGCAAAAUCAACAUGUCACAAUCAAAUAAAUGGCCAUAAGGAGCAAAUCCAAGAUGGUCAUUGUUUACCUGAAUGGGAUGGAAUCAUUUGCUGGCCAACAAGCCUCCCAGGUAAAAAAGCAGCGAUUCCUUGUCCAGACUACAUCUAUGAUUUCAACCAUCAUGGUCAUGCCUACAGACGUUGCAAUGAUGAUGGAAAUUGGCAAUUGGUCCCUAAUACGAACAAAACCUGGGCCAAUUACACAGAAUGUGUCCUCUUCUUUGCCCCAGAACAGCAGGACCAAGAAAAGGAGUUGUUUGACCGUUUGCACAUCAUCUAUACAGUUGGCUAUUCUAUCUCCUUGGCCUCCCUUGUGGUUGCUAUGUGUAUCCUUUGCUUCUUCAAGCACCUUCACUGCAAUCGGAAUUAUAUCCAUCUCCACCUUUUUGCCUCUUUCAUCUGCCGAGCUGGGAGCAUCUUUGUGAAAGAUAUAGUUUUAUAUUCUACCUUCCGCCCAGAAGGACUGGUGAAAGGACAAGACCAUGAUUGGGAUGCUGAAGAGCUAACCCUCACUUUGGGACCAAGAACCCAGUUGGCAGGUUGCAAAGUAGCAGUGACUGUCUUCCUCUAUUUCCUGGCUACCAACCAUUAUUGGAUCUUGGUGGAAGGUCUCUACCUCCACAGUUUAAUCUUCAUGGCUUUCCUGUCCAACAAAAGCUACUUGUGGGCCCUCACCCUCAUUGGAUGGGGGUCACCUGCUGUCUUUGUAUCUAUCUGGGCCGGUGUAAGAGCAUCUCUGGCAGAUACACAAUGCUGGGACCUCAGUGCUGGAAACAUGAAAUGGAUCUACCAGGUCCCAAUCUUAGCAGCGAUUAUGGUGAAUUUUUUUCUUUUCCUCAAUAUUGUGAGAGUUCUGGCAUCCAAACUAUGGGAAACAAACACAGGGAAAUUAGAUCCACGACAACAGUACAGAAAACUAUUGAAGUCAACCCUAGUCCUGAUGCCUCUCUUUGGUGUCCAUUACAUGGUGUUCAUGGCUACGCCUUACACAGCUGUCUCCAGCACACUUUGGCAGAUACAGAUGCAUUAUGAGAUGCUCUUCAAUUCUUUACAGGGCUUCUUCGUGGCUCUAAUUUACUGCUUUUGCAAUGGUGAGGUACAAACUGAAAUUAAAAAAGCUUGGUUCCGGAGAAAUUUGCUACUGGAUAUAAAGCAGAAGACCCGUAUCACCAGCACAGGAGGGAGCUGUUAUUAUGGUGGCCUAACAUCCCAUGCAACCAAUAGCAUCAGUCUGAGUAUGGCCAGCUGGGGCACAACCUCUGCAACCGCCAUAGCUAUGCCUUUGGUUGCCAGAAAUUGGCUAUUGCAGCUAGCCAGCAGUGGAGCUACACUGGAAUACUUCCCUGUUUCUUCCACUCUGUAUAACAGCUUGAGUCAGGAGAUGAUGCAGAAAGGUCCUGAGGAGAUAAUUAAGGUUUUGGUAGAUUCUCCAGACCUAGAAAACCAUUCCUGCUUGAAAAAAGAUAUUGAGACCAUGCUAUAA